AUGUUUCGAAAAUUUUUCACUUUUUUACUGAUCAAUAAUAACCUACAUAACCAUAUACUUUUCAGAACAGGAUACAUCGAAUUCAGUUAUCUGUCAAGGUUUUUAAGCGAACCAAGGGUUAUUGAGCAUUACUUUUCUUAUAAUAAUGUGACUGAUAUUUAUUCAAUCGAUAAGCAUAGUAUAUUUCCGUUCAACAAAAACUACUACUUUUUCGAUGAUUUUUAUGAACCAACCGAAAAUAGGACCAAAGUUUGCAUUUUCAAGCUCUACAGGCAUUACGAAGAAAUUGAUCAUGUAGUAUUCAGUGAUGGAUCACGUCCGAAGCAAAUAGUGUUUGGCUGUCAUUCUUAUCAAGUAUGCUGUGAAGUUGGAUGCUGUGAAAUCAACAAUUAUAUCUAUUUCUGGUUUUUAUAUCCCUGUGCUGCAUUAAUGAUUGCUUUUGCCUGCUUGGCUCGUAAGAACCGAGAAAAUGAAGCCACAUGA